CUCAGACAGACCAUGACAAAGUUCUGUCAAGAGCAUUUGGCUCCAAAGGCCCAACAGAUUGACGAGGAAAAUGAAUUCAAAGACAUGCGAGACUUUUGGAAGAAACUUGGGGAACUGGGAGUUCUGGGAAUCACAGCUCCUGCGGAAUAUGGUGGAUCUGCUUUGGGAUAUCUGGACCACGUGCUGGUGAUGGAGGAGAUUUCUCGUGCAUCAGGAGCUGUUGGGCUCAGCUAUGGAGCCCACUCAAACCUGUGCAUCAACCAGCUGGUGCGUAACGGCAACGAGGCCCAGAAAGAGAAGUACUUGCCCAAGCUAAUCAGCGGGGAGCACAUUGGAGCCUUAGCAAUGAGUGAGCCCAACUCUGGAUCUGAUGUUGUGUCCAUGAAGCUGAGAGCAGAUAAGAAAGGAGACUACUUUGUUUUGAAUGGGAACAAAUUCUGGAUCACCAACGGGCCAGAUGCAGAUGUUCUCAUUGUUUAUGCUAAAACUGACAUGAGUGCAGUUCCAGCCUCCCGAGGUAUCACUGCCUUCAUCGUGGAGAAGGGAAUGCCAGGUUUCAGCACAGCCCAGAAGCUCAAUAAGCUGGGAAUGAGAGGGUCUAAUACCUGUGAAUUGAUCUUUGAGAACUGCAAGAUCCCCGCUGAAAAUGUUUUGGGGACACUGAGCAAAGGAGUCUACGUUCUGAUGAGUGGAUUGGACCUGGAGAGACUCGUUUUGUCUGGUGGGCCUCUGGGGCUCAUGCAAGCUGUCCUUGACCACGCGAUCCCAUACCUGCAUGUAAGAGAAGCAUUUGGACAGAAGAUUGGCCUCUUCCAGCUGAUGCAGGGCAAGAUGGCAGACAUGUACACGCGGCUGAUGGCCUGCCGGCAGUACGUCUACAACGUGGCCAGGGCCUGUGACCAGGGACACUUCAAUGCCAAGGACUGUGCUGGAGUGAUCCUGUACUCAGCAGAGUGUGCGACCCAGGUGGCUCUGGAUGGGAUUCAGUGCCUGGGUGGGAAUGGGUACAUCAAUGACUACCCGAUGGGGCGGUUCCUGCGCGACGCCAAGCUCUACGAGAUCGGGGCUGGCACCAGCGAGGUGCGCAGGCUCGUCAUCGGCAGGGCCUUCAAUGCCACCUUCAAGUAGGGUCUGCCAGCAGGGAGGGAGGCAGCACCCCCACCACCACGAGGCCUUUGACCCCAGAGGCUGGAG